UCAUAGUGACUGAGGUGAGUGAACUCUCUCAAAAACUAUUAUUAUAUGUGGAAUGUUUAUGAGCUCAUAUUAUUGAUAAACAAUAUAUUUGUACUAAAAAAUUCAUUUGUCAUAGUAAACUGUAAGAAACAUUUUUUCAAAUUUGAUUAACAACAUUCAACUUUAAACGUAACCACAUAUAUGGUGGGAAAAAAGCAAAAAGCUUUCUAGAUAAUAUUGCAUAUAUUGUGUAAUAUAAUAUAUUGUUUUGAAAGAAAUGCUUUUAUUCAGCAAGGAUUGAAUUUAGGAAGAAUUUAAAUUGAUGAAAAAUCAGAGAAAAGAUGUUUAUGAUGUUACAAAAGAUUUGUAUUUCAAAUAAAUGCUGUUCUUUUGAACUUUGUUCAUCAGAGAAUCCUCAAAAAAGUCUGUCAAGGUUUCCACAAAAAUAUUAAUCAGCACAACUGUUUUCAACAUUCAUAAAUGUUUCUACAGCUGCAAAUCUGCAUAUUAGAAUGAUUCACGUGACACUGAAGACUGGAGGAAUGAUGCUGAACAUUCAGCGCUGCAUCACAGGAAUCAAUUUCAUUUUAAAAUAUAUUCAAAUGGAAAACGUUAUUUUAAAUUUUAGUAAAAUUUCAAAAUAUUCAUGUAUUUUUGGCCCAACAAAAGCGGCAUUGAUGCACACAUUAAAAAAAAAUCUUACCCACCUUAAACUUUUCAACAGCAAGGAAUGAAUUUCAACCUUGUACCUUAAUUUUGAUUUGUAACCUCACACAUGGCAAUAGCUAAAUCGAAUCAAUGGUGCAGGUUUUUUCUAGAGGAGGUAACGGUGCUGUCUCUCCCCCGUGUGGAAAGCUCAGGCAUGCUCUUAUAAGUGGAGUCGGGCAGUUCACAAGAGUAAUUUGGUCACUUUCACACCCCUUAAUAACCCAGCAACUCCAUCAACACCUUCUCUGUCUGAUUAUCGGUGCUCCGUCAGACCGCGCGGUGAGAUACAGAUGCGCUUUUACGCACGACUCCGCGUAAUACAGAGAGCUGCUCGAUGGUCAGGACUGCGAAUGUUCAGUGCAUAUAAUCUGUAAAAUGAAUCCUCAUUUCAUUUGCAAAGGUGAAUCGAAGCCUGUCACUUAUUUGAGCUCUCACAGGUAGGCUACGUGCAGUUCGACACUGAAUCGGAUUUUACGCGGACAUUUUUCAAGAUUGUGCGCAAUGCAUUCAUAAUAAAGUUAGUAAGAGAAACAACCAACUCGUUUGUUUUUAAUUACUUAUAACCCAGCCUACAUGUUCAAGCUAGUUGAUCAGUGAUUUAAGGUCCAGUUUGCACCAAGAACAUCCCCGUUCCUCUUCAGCAGGAUGGAUCAGAUUCAUUUUGGGUGGGCACUUUCUGCCCCUCCUCUGGAAACUGACGAAAUCAUGGGUGGACAUGGAAUUUGAACUUGCUGCCGGCUCAUGUCUCCAGUCUUUUCGUGGGCACCAGGGAAAGAAAGAGCACUGAAGUCUGCAGCUCACUAUUGGAGCAUCAGAGAUAUUUGCGCUUUUCUGUGAAGGAUUGCGUUUUUGGAGAAUCAGGAAUAGCCAAGACUGCCUACAGGAAAAAAACUGAGAUGUUGUUGGACGCUAAGCACAUCCUCUGGUUGGUCUGUGCCUGCAGCGCUGCUGUAACCAAAGAUGACUCCGCUCGUAGGAUGAGGGUGGAGAGGAGUUCUCCGGUGAGGGGCUCACUGGCGGAGCAGGUGGUCCUGCCCUGCUAUUUCUCCAUCCUCCCGCCUCCUACCGGCAGCUCCAACACCUCCACCACGGCCACGGCCUCCAGCACCCACCAGGACCAUCUCCGCCUCAAGUGGACUAAACUCGUGGGCGAUGAGGAAAUCACAGUGAUUGUGACCCAGAAUGGGUUCCUCAAGAUGGGGCCGGAGUUUAAAGGCAGGGUAUCGGUUCCCAGCCACCCUGAGGACGAGGGCGACGCGUCUCUGACCAUAGAGAGGCUCAGGGCCAGUGAUGCAGGCGCUUACCGCUGCGAGGUCAUGCACGGCAUUGAAGACACUCAAGAGUCCGUCUCCCUGGACGUCAGCGGUGUUGUGUUUCAUUACCGCUCCAGCACCAGUCGUUACACGCUAGAUUUCGAGCGUGCCAAGCAGGCCUGCAUUGAUGUGGACGCCACCAUCGCCACCGCCGAGCAGCUUCAUUCAGCCUACGAGGACGGAUUUGACCAGUGCGACGCCGGAUGGCUGGCCGACCAAACCGUCAGAUACCCCAUAACGAGGCCGCGUGAAGGCUGUCAAGGCGAUAUGACUCUGAAGCCAGGAGUCAGGUCAUACGGAUUCAGAAAUUCCUCUGAAACGUAUGAUGUGUACUGCUAUGUAGGGAAACUGCAGGGUGAGGUGCUUUUUACUGCUGCUGAUGCUAAGAUGACUCUAGCUGAGGCCAGAGAGGAGUGCGAGAGACAGGAUGCGGUUUUAGCGUCUCCGGGUCACCUGCAUGCAGCCUGGAGGGCCGGCAUGGACCGCUGUGACUUCGCCUGGCUGUCUGACGGCAGCGCCCGCUACCCCAUCUCUGUACCCAGACAGCAGUGCGGCAGAGGACAGCUGGGCGUGAGGACUAUGUACCGCUUCCCCAACCAGACCGGAUUUCCCUUACCGAGCGAGAAGCUGGGAGCUUUCUGUUUCAAAGGAUGGGAUCCCACAACUGUACCCACAGCUGGACCCACAACACCUCAAGUUCUCUUAGACAGCCAUCUAAUCUCUUCCCUUAAAGCAGACUCCUCUAUGCCAGCCCAUGGCACCACAGAAGAGCCACCAUCCAUGUUCUCUGCAAGCAUGGCUCCACGCAACAGAGGCGCUCCUGAAGCGUAUCCCUCUGCUGAAGUCACUGCUGUUGUACCAACUGAAGCUGAGAGAAUUUUGGAUAUGGAAACCACAACCACAUUUAUUGACUCUGACAGCUCCUUGGACAUAGACAAAGAUAGCUCCUUGGUGCAAGGGGUACCCCAUCGUGUAGAUAAUUCCUUUCCUCUCCAGCAACCCUCAGUCCCUACCACACCUGAAAUGCCCCAUUAUUCAGAUUCCUUCUUCUCUAUCCAGCUUCCCCGCCAGCCCACCGCAGCGAACAUGCAUCUUGCGUUGGAUACUCCGCAUGGGGGAAACAGUGAUGCGGAGGGUAGCAGCACUGGUGGCAUGGAUACUCCUGAAAGUGUGAUUCUUUCUUCACAUGUGUUUACUACAGACUUGCAAGGAGAUCCAGACAAGCCAAAGAUUGUGUACAAAGAGAAUGAAACCACAGCAAAUGUGACCGAAGGAAGUCUGGACUUGCACAGCCAACAGAUUGAUGCCAAGAAGGACGAUGACUUUCCACUGGGCAUCAACGUGUUCAUAUACAACAUUACGCAGAGAAAUCAAUCAGUUGAUGCUGUUGAUACUAAAGCAGUUGAUGCUAUUCUAAAAUUCCUUGGAGAACCAGGGAUUUCUACUCCACUUAUAACGGCUGGUGAAAGUGAGCCACCUUUAGGCAGUGGAGACCUUAUAGGUGAAACAUCAGCCUCUGUCACCAUCACCCCAAAAGUGAGUUUCAUUAACGGAAAGCACGAGUUGACUCUGAAACCGGACACUGACAAAACUCUGGAGGCUAGAGGAGACCAGUUUGACACUGCUAUCCCAACAACAGAAAAAACCAUCCCCGAUGAUGAGAUGCUUACUAUGUAUGAUAGCCAUACAGAGGAUGCUGAAGACACCAUAUCUUCCCCUGAAACAGAUGAAUCUGGCUCAACAACCAGAAGCCCAAUUGAGCCUAAUUUCUCAACAAAGAGCUUGGAAAGAAUAACCAUGACAGAGCUGCCCACAUAUUCAACCAAAUCUCCAAGCCAGGAAAUGACCCCACAAGCCAUAUCAUUUAGCAUGCACGAAGAAGGUUCGGGGAUGCGCACAACAGAUGAUGAAGAGGAACUGACCACCUUGGAAGGUUCUGCGGAUGACACACUGGCAGCAACUAAUGACCCAUAUGUGGUGGCUACCGACGAGACUGAAAUAGCUGAAACAGAGAAGACUACACCGGCAUUUGGAGUGGACUACAAUACCAAAGGACCAAUUGUUACAACUGCGGAAUCCAACACUGUAGAAAUAAAGAGAACAGAAAACAAAGAAAUAAAACCAGAAACAGAAGAUUUUGAGGGCUCAACCUCCACUGAAGACGAGGGCUCGGGACAAGAUAUAUAUGCAGCAGAAGAAUCAAAACACACAACUUUAUCUCCAUCUUUCACUGUUUCAUCUCAUAGCUUUACAAGUUCCUUAACAAGUACUCAUGCCAAAGAGCCAAGACAACCUGUUAGUUUGGCUUUGCCCAGUACAGAGCCUACGAUUCGGGUGGUUUCAACUUUUCAAACAGAGGCAAUACCUGAAGAAAGCACUCCUUAUAUUACACACUCUCAAAAAGACCAAGACGCAAGUACAACUAAGAGUCCUUUAUUGGUGCCUGAGAUUGAAAAAGAUGUAAGUACAAUCUUCAUCAUCUCUGAGGACAUAAGCUCUGGUGAUCAGCCAACUGAAGCAUUCUCAAAACAACCUUUCUCCGCAACUACUGUUCCAUCCCUUCUCAUUCAGCAAACUGAAGAAAUCAGCGUUGGUGCAUAUGAUGACGCAGCUAAAGUAUUUGAAGGUUCUGCAGAAGACACAACACCAUUGAUUUUCACUAGUGUCCAAACCCAAACAAAAUUCACAACCCAAAGUUCAGAAACCACCAUUCUGCCCACAGAUAGCCUUAGAGCAGUAAUGUCUUCCUCCCAAGAAACUGUUCUAAUCCAAAAAACACUUUCAGAAGAGACAACCACCUCAGUCCAGUCAUCAGGGACUUCAGGCUCCCAAGAAACUGAUCUAAUCCAAGGAUCACCUUCAGAGGAGACAACCACCUCAGUCCAGUCAUCAGGGACUUCAGGCUCCCAAGAAACUGAUCUAAUCCAAGGAUCACCUUCAGAAGAGACAACCACCUCAGUCCAGUCAUCAGGGACUUCAGGCUCCCAAGAAACCGAUCUAAUCCAAGGAUCACCUUCAGAAGAGACAACCACCUCAGUCCAGUCAUCAGGGACUUCAGGCUCCCAAGAAACCGAUCUAAUCCAAGGAUCACCUUCAGAAGAGACAACCACCUCAGUCCAGUCAUCAGGGACUUCAGGCUCCCAAGAAACCGAUCUAAUCCAAGGAUCACCUUCAGAAGAGACAACCACCUCAGUCCAGUCAUCAGGGACUUCAAGCUCCCAAGAAACUGAUCUAAGCCAAGGAUCACCUUCAGAAGAGACAACCACCUCAGUGCAAUCAUCAGAGACUUCAGACUCCCAAGAAACUGAUCUAAUCCAAGGAUCACCUCCAGAAGAGACAAUCACCUCAGUCCAGUCAUUAGGGACUUCAGGCUCCCAAGAAACCGAUCUAAUCCAAGGAUCACCUUCAGAAGAGACAACCACCUCAGCCCAGUCAUCAGGGACUUCAGGCUCCCAAGAAACCGAUCUAAUCCAAGGAUCACCUUCAGAAGAGACCACCACCUCAGUGCAAUCAUCAAAGACUUCAGGCUCCCAAGAAACUGAUCUAAUCCAAGGAUCACCUUCAGAAGAGACAACCACCUCAGUGCAAUCAUCAGAGACUUCAGAGGAGAUAAUACAAGAAAUAUCACUUUCUACAUUAGGAUUCCCAACGGAGAAGCCUCUCACCUCAUUUACCCAAGUUUCCAGUUAUCCCACCACCAGUGUUGCUACAGUGUUGGAUAGGGCAACUACUUCUGCUACAGAAGAGGUUUUCACCACCCCCAAAGCCACAAGUACUGUGGCAUUUGAAGAGAAUGAUGUAGAUUAUGAAGAUGUGGCGGUUCAACCACCAUCCAGGGAAGAGUUCACCACAAGAAAACCAGAAGUCUGGACAGAUUCCAGCUACACUGUUGAGAGCCACAUGGAGGAUUUGCAAGGUCUCACACUUUGCUCUGUCAGCGUGUGUGAAAAUGGUGGAACUUGCUAUUCUAAAGGAAAAGGAAACAUAUGUGUCUGCAUGCCUGGAUACAGUGGGGAACAUUGUGAAAAUGAAGUUGACGAAUGCCAGUCAAACCCUUGUCGCAAUGGAGGAACAUGCAUUGAUGGGUUAAACACUUUCAGUUGUGUCUGUCUGCCCAGCUAUUCAGGAGCCCUCUGUGAGCAAGAUACGGAGGUUUGUGACUUUGGCUGGCACAAGUUUCAGAGCCACUGCUAUAAGUACUUCACACACCGGCGGACAUGGGAAGCAGCGGAAAGAGAGUGUCGUCUGCAGGGUGGUCACCUCACCAGCGUCCUGUCCCAUGAAGAGCAGCUCUUUGUUAAUCGUUUGGGACAUGACUAUCAGUGGAUCGGACUGAACGAUAAAAUGUUUGACAAUGAUUUCCGCUGGACUGAUGGACACCCUAUGCAAUUUGAGAACUGGAGAGCGGGUCAGCCGGACAGCUUCUUCUCCACAGGCGAGGACUGCGUGGUGAUGAUCUGGCAUGAGAGCGGCCAGUGGAACGACGUGCCGUGCAAUUACCACCUGACCUUCACCUGCAAGAAGGGCACAGUGUCCUGCGGUCAGCCUCCUGUCAUAAAGGACGCCCAUAUCUAUGGCAGCAUGAAGGCACGCUAUGAGAUCAACUCUCUGGUCAGGUACCACUGCAAAGACGGCUUCAUCCAAAGACACAUUCCCACUAUCAGAUGCCGAGAAGACGGCCACUGGGACAAGCCCAAAAUCACAUGCUUGAAUCCAUCUACCUACCAGAAGAUGUAUGCAGAAAAAUAUCAAAACAAUAACUAUUACAACAACAGUAAGAGACGCUAUAGCGAGUUGACGCAGUAUCGUCAUGUCUGGUCAAAAACAGCAGAUGAUUCCAGACACUGAUCUCCAUCCAGAGCUAGAUGCUUCACAUCUACAGAGAAAAUCUAAAGGGGCGAAGCCAAAUCAUGUGCCUGAUGAAUGUUUUAGAGCCGAGAAGUGAAUUACCCUGAGGGACUGCAAAAAAAAACAAAAAAACACCAUCACCCACCCACUGAGAGUGUACUUUGACUAUGCAAGUGUCAACAUUGCAUAUUGUAAUAAUGUCUUAAUGUUUUAACAUGGGGAGGGGGGUUUCUGGUUGAAAUGUAUAUAGUAGAGAUAAUGAACAAGUAAAAACAGCUGUGAAUGGUGACUGUUAUUUUGUUUAAUUCAUCCAUAACAAAGAACUGGAUUUCCUGUUCUCUCUGGCACAAUUAGAGAGCACUAUGGUACGAGCAGAGUAUAAACAAAACAAUUACAGUACGCAAGAGUAAAAGAACAAUAGGCAUUAUAUUGUUUCACAUUGUGGUUCAAAAGAGAUGUCACGGGGCUGGAGGACAAACAAUGCUGAAAGGACUGCAAAUCAUGACUGGAAAACAAAUCUUCAACAUCGUCUUCCCCGGCAGCAUCCUCACUGGUUGUGAGGAUUACUCAGAUAACAUCAAACCAUUGUACACUCUCAUAAUCAUAUUCUCAUAUGGCAUCAAACUAUAUAUUUCCGGUGUUUGUUUGUUUUUAAUAUGUGGGUUUGUAAUAUAACCAUUUUUACUUUUUUAAAUGAAUGUCAUGGUAAAAUAUGAAUACUGUAUGUGUGGUUGAAUGAACUAGCAUUUUUGUCAAACAUUAUUACAAAUGUUACAUGAAGCCAUAGAAGUUUAAUUUAUUGCUGAAGAUACAUAUAACGAUGAAUGAACUGUGAGAUUUUGAAUAAUAAAGCGCUAUUAGAAUAUUAUGAACGUUUAAUCCGUGUGUG